AUGGGGAGGGGCCGGCCGCAGGCUGGGAGCGUGGCCAUGCGGGAGGGCGGGGCCGGCCUGGGGAGGGGCGUGGUCAGGCCGGGAGGGGCGGGGCCGCUCCGCCCCUUGGCGCGGGGCUCGGCAGGAGGUGCGGCGCACCUGGAACCCACCGACACUCCCGCGCCCAGUGUCCGGUGCCCUCUCCGCCCCAGCCCUCUGCCCGGCUCUGAGGGCACCCUCCCACCCCCACCCCAAACCCCCGCCCAGCUCGGAGGGCAUCCCCCACCAGCCCCAGCCCGCUGCCCGGUUCGGAGGGCCCCCCAGCCCCUGCUCCGAGGUCCUCGGCCCGGUCCUCCCACGGGAGGUCUCCCUCACGGGACCCCACCCCGCCGACCGCGCCCCGUCCCGGAAGCGCCGACCUCCGCUGUAGCCGGCCGUGUCCUCGCUGCCAUGCCCUCGCUUGGGGACCAGGUGCGCGACUGGCACCAGGGCGCGCAGGCCGUGGCGCGCGGGGACUGGAGCUGCGCCCUGCGGCUCUUCUCGGGAAUCCCAGAGCCGCCUGCCAGGAUGUGCUUCAACGUGGGCUGCGUGCACCUGCUGGCCGGGGACCCAGAGGCCGCGCUGCGGGCAUUUGACCAAGCGGUGACCAAGGACGCCUGCAUGGCCGUCGGCUUCUUCCAGCGAGGAGUGGCCAACUUCCAGCUGGAGAGGUUCCAGGAGGCCCUGUCCGACUUCCGGCUGGCCCUGGCACAGCUGAGGGGUAAUGCCACCAUCGACUACACACAGCUGGGCCUGCGGUUCCAGCUGCAGGCCUGGGAGGUGCUGUUCAAUGUGGCUGCAGCACAGUGUGGGCUAGGGCUCUGGGCCGAGGCCACACACAGCCUAGAGGAAGCCAUCUCCAAGGGGCCAGAAGGGGCCCGCAACAGCCUGGACACUGCCCUGGGCCAAGUGCAGAAACAGGCCCCAUUGCAGCCCCGGCGAGUCCCCAGGGGCGAGGUCUUCCGGCCCCAAAGGCGGCACCUGGAGCACCUGGAGCCUGUGGAUUUCUUGGGCAAGGCCAAGGUGGUCACCUCCAGCAUCCCUGAGGACCAGCACAAGGGCGUCUGGCGCCAGCGGCCCCAGGUUCAGGAUACAGCUGGUGAAACCAGACCUGGGACUGCCCCACGGGCUGGCGAGACAGGCCCCUGCAGAGCUGGCACCCCCCAUGGCCCCAGGAUGCCCCCCGAUGCAGAGAUGAUCCCCUGCGACAAGUGGAGGCCCCGCGUGGAGCAAGCUGGCAAACAGGUUCCUCCAGGGCUGCUGGCAGCUGGCGGGUUGAGCCCUGGCCCCUCUGAGGAUCCCGCAGGUGCUGGGGGCAUGGCUGCCGAGGACCCCGAGGCCUUGGUGACCAUCACGGUGCAGUGCGCCUUCACCCUGGCCCUGAAGGCCCCGAGAGGUGCAGACGUGUCCAGCCUGCGGGCCCUGCUGAGCCGGGCCCUCCCUCACCAGGCUCAGCAAGGGCAGCUCAGCCUCUGCCCCUGCAUAGGGUGGCAGUCCCUGCUGCCCACUCCGAGGGGUCUCUUUGCAGUUACCGAGACCCCAGUGAUGACGGCCACUGGGUUCCCCUCUGCGGGGAGGAGGUGCUGCAGAGGGCCUGGCGGGACGUGGCUGGUGGCCCUGGGGGGCUGCGGAUCCAGUGCCGGGGAGUGGGCGGCCGGCCUGUCCUCUACCAGGUGGUGGCCCAGCACAGCUACCGUGCCCAGGGGCCUGAGGACCUGGACCUCCAGCCGGGGGACACCGUGGAUGUCCUGUGUGAAGUGGACCAGGAGUGGCUGGAGGGCCACUGUGACAGCCGCGUUGGCAUCUUCCCCAAGUGCUUUGUGGUCCAGGCUGGCUGCUGACUGUGAGGAGCCCCUCGCCCCCAGCCUGGCAAGAUCACCCUAAGAAGUCCAACAGCAAAGAAGGUUUUAAUAAAAGCAAUCUGCCCCCUCUAA